AUGGUAGAUAUAAGCUCCUUCACUAUUGAUGAGUUUGCCCAAGCAUUUCAAGACAAGAUUGAAAAUCAAGAACCCACUCAGGAAUUCUGGAAGAGAUCGCUAAACCCUUUAACAUGGACAGAAAUACUGCGUCAAGUACUGGUUGCCGCUGGUUUUGGUUCAAAGCAAGGUGCAAGGCAAAGGGAUGCCCUUAGCAAGAAAGUGGAGGAAGCCCAAUCAGAUACUGAAGACUCUUCUGGAGCAGUUGAUGAUGACCUCGGUGACAGUGGUACAUGUAGCAGUGAUGCUGAUUCUAGUCUGAAAUUUUUGCUGGUAAUCGGCAACAAAGUUUCUACAAUUAAAGAACUUUCCAGUAGGUUUCAAUUGAGGAUAACGAAAAUGCAGGACAUCUUGGAUAAGCUAUUUUUGGAGCACUGCAAGAACAAACAUUUUGGGAAAGCAUUUGAGACUGUUGUCAAACCUGGAAACAAGAGUGACGCAGAAGAUGGUGGUGGUAAAGCCGAGGAAAAUAGCACAUCCAGAGAUGUCUAA